GGUCGACUGUGACUGACCGGCCCUUCUUCCACCCUUCUCUCUCUCUCUCUCUCUCUAGUUUUCUUCACUCUCCAUUUCCUUAUCUCUCUCUCUCUCUCUCUCUCUCUGGUUUGCCAUGUCUCUCGCAGCUUCUCCGUUCAUGAAGUCCCUGAAGCUCUGCGCAGCCUCUUCCUCCCCCGGCUCAAGAAUCUACUGCCCGAUUGUCUCCCUGCCCUACAAACCCAACAAGGUCUCACCUUUCUCACUCCCAACCUCAUGGGUCCCCUUGAAGGUGAGACCUUUGUCGGUCCCUCUCGUGGCUCAGACAUCGGACUGGGCCCAGCAGGAAGACAAGGAGGAAUCUGAAGCUUUUGUAGCUUCCUUUGAAGGCGGCGAGGAGAGCCCUGCAGAAGAGGAAGGGAGCGGGGAGGGUGAGUACUACCAGGAGCCGCCUGAGGAAGCUAAGCUCUUUGUGGGUAAUUUGCCGUACGAUGUCGACAGUGAGAGAUUGGCUCAGGUUUUUAACCAGGCCGGAGUCGUCGAGAUUGCUGAGGUAAUAUACAACAGAGAAACGGAUCAAAGUAGAGGGUUCGGGUUCAUCACUAUGAGUACCAUUGAAGAGGCUGAAAAGGCCGUGGACAUGUUCCAUCGUUAUGAUCUUAACGGGAGGCUUUUAACAGUAAACAAGGCGGCUCCAAGAGGUUCACAACCCGUUCGGACUCGUGCUGUGGAACCAUCAUUAAGAGUCUACGUGGGCAACCUACCAUGGCAAGUGGAUGAUGCUCGGCUGGAGCAGGUAUUCAGUGAACAUGGGAAGGUGAUAAGUGCGAGGGUAGUCAUGGAUAGAGAAUCGGGCCGGUCACGUGGAUUCGGGUUUGUCACCAUGUCUUCUGAGACAGAAGUGAAUGAUGCCAUUGCUGCGUUAGAUGGACAGAGCUUGGACGGUCGGGCAAUCCGAGUAAACAUUGCUGAAACUCGGCCGAGGCGUGGCUCAUUCUCAGAGUAGGAGAUUCUCUUCGAGUCUCCAUGGACUCUUGUAGCUUUGUUAUAUGCCAUUAUAUGGGCAAGUCCUUUUGUGUCUUUUGUCUCUUGGGUAGUUUAUGCAUCAUAUUCUUUGGUUUUGUUGCUUAGAAUUGUUUCUCGUUUAUUUUUCUAUUCAGAGUUCUAAUAGAGUUUUCGGAUACAAUCACUUUAGAUGAUUGCCACCCAAGUUUCAAGAGUUCUGUCUACAUACAACCGUUCAUGUAACAUUAAUUCUCUCCAUGAGAUAUUCAACAGUCUUAUGAGGCUUCAGUAGAGAUUUCAUUCUACAACAUUAUGAACAUUUGUCUCUUGUAUUGAGAUGAUCUGUAAAAUCAGUAUACAUGUUCGGUAUCACUCUGGAA